AUCCUGCCAGCUAUUCUACUGUUCAUAAUCACAUCCACCACCACUACUCAAUCCCAAACCCAACAACAGAAGUCAUAUUUCGACCUCUGCGCACCCUUCAACUGCGGCGAUAUCACCUUCAGCUUCCCUUUCUCCCCCUCCUCUACCUUUGGCACAGCCCAAUUCGACUGCGGCCUCCCUCGCUUCCAAAUCCCCUGCGACCCUUCCUCCUCAAUCCCCAGCAUCGAGCUCUCCGGCCGCCUAUACCAAGUCAAACAACUCUUCUCAUCGGACCGUCUCGUCACCAUCGUCGACAACCAACUCAUCAACGAGAUUAGAUUGGGUUCGUGUACUUCUCUCCAAAACCUCACAAUUUCAAUUACGGAUGGCACUGUGGGAAACGCGGUCCUCGGGCUUCUAGUGGGAGGUGUGAAUCUCACAAUCUUCAAGUGUCCAAAUGGGAAUUCUCUCCCCAGUGGAUUUCUCGAUCAGGUUGUGGGUAAUUACAACUGUAGUGAGGGGAAUCGGGUUUACAUUUGGGAUGGGACUCGGACCCAAGUCAGGCCCGGCCUGGGUCCGGUGGUGGAGACGCCGGUUGGGUGCGAGAACGUGAGUUUGCCCUUAUCUGGUGCGAGCUUGCAGAGGCUAAGGUCGAACAGGAGUGGUGCUGAUGCUGAUGGCACUCGGACGCUGCUUGCGGAUGUGUUGAGUUAUGGGUUUCAGCUGGAAUGGCCUAAUAUUACGGACUGUCAGACUUGUGAGCUGACAGGUGGACGAUGUGGAUACGACGUGAGCAGCAAAAGCAUAGUUUGCUUCUGUCAGGGCGGCUGUAGUAAGCAAAAAAAAUCAAAUAGAUGGAAGCUCAUCGGAGGUAUUGCAACUGGAAGCAUUUGCGCUCUGCUUGCUGUAGUCUUACUGCUCAUGUUCAAGUACAAAAGGAGAACAGCUGCAAUCUUCAAGCCAUCAUAUUUUGGAAAGAAUCAAACAACAGGAGAUGAAAGAAACGCAAAGGAGUUCAUUAAGAGUUACCAAUCAACCUUAUUAACAAACUACUCAUACAAUGAUAUAAAGAAGAUGACUGACAACUUCAAAGAAAAAUUAGGGGAAGGUGCCUAUGGCAAUGUCUUCAAAGGAAAGCUGUCUUCAGAUAGUCGGCUCAUUGCUGUCAAAAUGCUCAUGAAUUGUAGAGACAAUAGCGAAAAUUUCCUUAACGAAAUCACCACCAUUGGUAGGAUUCACCAUGUUAACGUUGUACGCUUAGUAGGCUUCUGUUGGGAUGGCUCGAGACAAGCUCUUAUUUAUGAGUACAUGCCUAACAAUUCAUUAGGUGAUUUAUUACAUCAAGAAGAUGUACGUGUUUCAUUAGGAUUGGCACGAUUACUUGAAAUUGCCAUAGGAGUUGCACAUGGAAUAGAGUAUUUGCACAACGGUUGUGACUCGCGAAUCUUACGUCUUGAUAUAAAGCCUCAGAAUGUGUUGCUGGACCAGAAUUUCAAUCCUAAAAUUUCAGACUUUGGAUUGGCAAAAGUAUACUCUCGAAAUCAAAGUGCAGUCACAAUGACAGGAACAAGAGGAACCAUUGGUUAUAUUGCUCCUGAGAUCUUCUUAAGAAAUCUUGGUAAACCUUCUCACAAAUCCGAUGUUUACAGCUUUGGAAUGCUGUUACUAGAAAUGGUUGGUACGAAAAAGCAUGUCGAAUCAGAUGUGAACACUUCAAGUGACGCUUACUUUCCUGGUUGGGUUUAUGACAAACUCAUACUUGAUGAAGAAAGGGAGCUUAUGGAGCUUGAAGAUUCUGUUGUUGGAGAGGAUGUGUACAUAGCGAGGAAGAUACUCAAGGUCGGCCUAUGGUGCAUCCAAAUAAAUCCGAAAGAUGGUCCCUCCAUGACAAGAGUGGUGGAAAUGUUGGCUGGCAAUGUGGAAGCCAUUGAAAUGCCUCCAAAGCCUGUCUUCUUUUCUCCUCCUCGCGAGGCACAUGAGCUGGACAUUUUUAGCUCCAACGAAAGCGAAAGCAGUGUAUUGGCUCUAGCAAGUGGCAGUCAUGAAAUGUAAAAAUAGAACCCAAAUGACGAAGAAGAUGAGUUGCCCAGAGUCGUCUCAUAUUUAUGUGGUGGUGAAGAUGAUUGGAAGGUGAGCAAGUCUUCUUUCAAAUCAUUCAGCAACUCAACUCAGUUGAACAAGCCUUGAUGUUUCCCAAUUUAUCAGAGUAAUUUUUUUUAUUUCUCUCUUACUAAUAAACUAAACAUAGUAUUAGUCUAUGAUAAAAUAUUAUAGACUAACAGUACGUAUCAUGAAAAAAAUAUUAUGAAAAUAAUCAUGAAAGAUUCUCCAUCAUUAG